AUGUUGUCAUCCCCAGUCAUCAAUGCCAUCAGCUCCGCCGACGAUGAACGUCUCCGCAAGACCCUGAUCGCCAUAAUUGCCGAUCCACACGGCAAAAAGCUGGUGGAAAACGAGCUUCUGAUACCAGCAAACCACUCCGAUGCGAACCCCAAGAAACGCAACAAGUAUGAGCAUUGCCGCCAGUGUGGCCAAGAAUUCGAGUUCGCAUUAAGCAAGGAAUCCGAAUGUUCCUGGCACAGCGGUAGUCGCCCCUCACUCGCAUCCUACCAAAUUUCCUCCGUGUUGAUGCCUUGCUUAGGUGAAUGUGACGUCGACUGGGACUCUGGCUUCUGGGACGACACCGAUGACGACAUCUUCGGUCCAAUCGACACCGACGAGAAUCGAGAAGAGUAUCCCGAGGGCUUUGUCUGGACGUGCUGCGGAGGCCAGGCGGACGCCGAGGGUUGUAAGAGGGGGUUUCACAAGCAACGUGGUGGUGCAAAAAGGGCACGAGCCUGA